ACCAUUUGGACUAUAUAACAUCCAGACACCUGGACCUUUUGAUUGACUACCAGGGGAGACCGUGCUGACCUUUGUGUGGACUCUUUCGUGUAAGAUUUUUGUUUGGUCUCCAUCUUUCAGAGACAACGGAGUGUUCUUAUCAGAACAGUUGCUGAGGAAUCAUUGACGAAGAUAGGGGGAGAUAGAGACGAGGGGAAGACGAGAUAACGCCAGUGGUGGGGGAACAUGCUGCCUUCGCAAGACGCUUCCAAGAUUUACCAUGACAACUACAUGCGGAACUCGCGGGCCAUUGGGGUUCUGUGGGCUAUAUUCACCAUAUCUUUGGCCAUUAUUAACGUAGUGGUGUUUAUUCUGCCCUACUGGAUUGGGGACAGCGUGAACACCCCACACGCAGGCUAUUUCGGCUUGUUCCACUACUGCGUGGGCACUGGAAACUCCAACCGGGAGCUCACUUGCCAAGGAACCUUCGCCGAAUUCAGCGGCAUCCCCUCGAGCGCGUUCAAAGCUGCCUCCUUCUUCGUGUUGCUGUCCAUGGUGCUAAUCUUGGGUUGUAUUGCCUGCUUCACCCUUUUCUUAUUCUGCAACACUGCCACUGUAUACAAGACGUGCGCCUGGAUGCAGCUGCUAUGCGCUGUGUGUUUGCUCCUGGGCUGUAUGAUCUUCCCGGAUGGCUGGGAUGCGGAGGUGGUACGCGACAUGUGUGGCGAGGAGACAGGGAAGUACACGCUGGGAAACUGCUCGGUGCGCUGGGCCUACAUGCUGGCCGUCGUUGGCAUCAUGGACGCCCUCAUCCUCUCCUUCCUGGCCUUCGUUUUGGGCAACCGGCAGAAUGACUUCCAGCUGGAGGAGCAGCUCAAAGCAGAACAGAAAGAUUUCGCAGUGUCCAGGCAUCUCCACUUUGGCUCCACCCUCAAGAUGGACAGAGUAAGACCAAUCAGCUUCCCCCAUUUAAUCAAUAUGAUGGGGAAUAUGACCACUCAAUCAACCAAUGUGCAUGUAACGAACCCUAGCAUGCACCAGGAACCUGUUUGUUGCUGUUUCAGAUGUUUUGAUCUACUCACUUCUGUAAUGAGUAGUACUGGUGUUUUGCCUCCUCCCUCCCUCGACCUCUCCUCAUAUGGUUCCUGCUCGUGAUGCUUACAUAUUAAAAGCCAACUCCUCAAUUAGCACGUCGAAAAAUGCAGACAGAAAAUUGACAUCUAGAUAACACUCUGUUCAUAUCCUCUUCCUAAUAUGAACAGGGGGGGGUUUGGUUAUGUUCCAGUUGGUGCCUCAGCACUCCGCCAUUUGUUUCCAACGUGGGGGAGGAAUGUGAUGACUUAAUUCGGUCUGCACCACAGCCGUCCUGGCCUAGCCAAAUGUGACACCUGUUCGGGCGGAGGAGGUGGAGCUGGGCUUCUGAACAGAUUAAUAACACCCAAUAUGCCCUUUUCUCCUCCCUCCCCUCCACCUAUUAACUCUCAGCCCCGCCCCUGUUGGACUCACUUUUGGCAUAAUCUGAUUUUCAUUCAAAUAGCGUAGAGGAAGAGUCAUCACGGCAAAGUGCUACAGCUGUUAUUAUCCGCCGCCAGGCACACUGAGUCACAAACAGGAAGUUAAUGUAGUCUCAGGUCCAAGCGGACUAACGAUGUGGAGUUAGGGCAGGGUGUGACACGCAAUGUGGGUUUAAUUCAUUGACUCAUUACUUUGCUCAUUAAGCAACGUAGCUGUUUUGUAUGGAAUGUUAAUGGCUGUUGGUUUGAAAACGUCAGCUUGGUUUCUUUGUGUGUUUUCUGCAAAGCGUUGAGGACAAAACAAGUCAAGCACAUGCAUAUUCUUUUAUGCAAACACUAUUUUUAUAACCAGGCAAAAAGACAAUUGCACGUUCUGAGGCACAUCAGCUUUUGUUAUGUGCUGUAGCGCAGUGACUGUGGUUAUUACUGUCGUAGUGCUGAAUCCUACUCAAUAUACCGGUAUAAAUAUCAAACAUAACAAAAGUUAUAUACAAGAUGGUCCCAUACAAAAACAUAAUGAAAUGUUGUUUCUAGCUAUUUGGUCUGAAAUGUUAGAGAAAAUGUACUCAGCUGUGACCUUUAAAUGACAUUACAUUUGUAUGUUUCUUUGUUUUUAAGUUUCUUUCAUAUUCCACACCUCAGUUACUAACAGUGAGUCAUGUUUCAUGCGUAUCCCUUCAAAUCCACCAAGACAUAUCAUAUCCUCUGUAUAUUUUUAUUUUACCAUUAUUUAACUAGGC